AUGACUUGGCCAUGGGCGAAUCCGACCUCUUCAUCGCCUUCAGCUAGCUCUGAUGACGCGUUAAAAAACACAAAAACUCCGUCUACCAAUCCAAAUAAUCCAGAUACAGCUGAUAGCGCCCUGAGAUCCAUUAUAGCUGAAGUCUCUCGGGACUCUUCGAAUUCACAAUCUUCUGAACCGGCUGUCUCAUCAAAUUCUGACUGCAUUCAAAGACUUGGACCAAUUGCUGAGCACCUUCUCCCCACGACUAUGUCGUGUCGAGAUGCUUUUGAUAGCGCAUUCUAUUGUACGUCUCUUGGUGGUGCCUUUACGCAUUUAUAUCGUUAUGGUACUGUGCGCUCGUGCAACGAGCACUGGAAUAAAUUCUGGUUCUGUAUGCGCACUAGAACAUACGGAGAUACUGCUAAACAGGCAGCAAUAAAGGAAUACUACCGCACAGUAGAAAAUUCUAAGUAUGGGAAAAGGGGAUCAAGCAGUGAAGAUAUAUGGAGAAGUCGUGACGACCUUUUAGAACCCGGAAUAGCAUUUCGAGGCGAUGGACAGGAGUGGACUGGGUCCGACGAAGAUUGGCGGAAAGCAGUCUUGGACGUGCGAAAAAAGAUUAGGGAAGUUGGAAGCACUCCGGAAUAG